AUGUUCAAGGACGCAGUUGAUUACGCCCGACGGUGUCAUGCGUGCCAAAUACAUGCAAACUACAUGCACCAACCCCCGGAGCAUUUAUACCCUUUGGCCACUUCAUGGCCAUUUGAGACAUGGGGGAUGGACAUCGUUGGCCCUAUUUUCCCACCAUCGGCUAAAGGCGACCAUUUCAUCUUGGCAAUUACAGAUUAUUUCUCCAAGUGGGCCAAAGCUAUUCCACUUAGAGAAGUAAAGAUGGGCAAUGUCAUCGCAUUUAUUAAACACCAUAUUAUUUAUCGAUAUGGUGUGCCGAGGUUAAUCGUGCAUGAUAAUGGCCCUCUCAGUAAUGCCUUCAUUAGAUUUUGCAGGAAGUUCAGGAUUGAAGACAUUUUAUCAAAGACAUACAAUCCUACUACAAACGAAUUGGCUGAGGCCUUUAACAAAACAAUCAUAAAGAUUUUAUCAAAACUUGUGAGAACUAACAAGCGAGACUGGGAUGACAAACUUGGCGAAGCUCUCUAG